UGAUGGUGGUGGUUGGGGGGGAAGGCGGAACAAACCGGUGUGCUCGGAUACAUGCUGUAGCUGCUCGCCCGCACUGCAGAUUAACUCUUACCGUGCCGGGAGGUGCAGCGAGACAUGGCAAGGACUGGUCCGAGUUUCUCGUGACCGAAGCCCACGUAACAUCUCUUCAGCCAACAGUCACUCUCCCUGGGGAGCACAAGGACACCUCCUAAACUCGGCUCUUUCCUCAUCCUGCCACACAGUGUGUGUGCACGGAGGCCAGGCACUGUAGAGACGGGGAAAAACAUAGGGAUGCACACAGAAGAGGCCGAGUGAGGAAUUUGCUUCUGAACAUUAUGUCUGUUCUUCUACAAGGGAAGAGCAGUGGGGAACUGUAGAAAACUCAAAGCUCUGAAGAACACAGACCACAAAGUAUGACCAGCUUCUUUCCCACACAUGGUGACCGGGGCUGAGGUUGGCCACACAUUUGUGUGUGUGUGUGUAUGUGUGUGUGCCUGUGUGAGUGUGUAUGUGUGUCAGACUGUGCUGAGGUGUAUUUAAUUACAGCAGGGAGUGUCUGGCCUCCCCUCCAGCCCAAAGGGGGGUUGUAGUGUGCGUCCUUUGUGUUCCGGAUGCAGAACAUCCUCGAUCAAAACUUAGACAUGGCCACAGCUCUGCUCGCCGGCGAGAAGCUGAAGGAGCUGAUCCUGCCGGGCUCAUCUCAGGAUGAGAAGGGCGGGGCACUGGCCAGCCUCAUGGUGCAACUCAAACUGGAGCUGCCCUUUGAUCGUGUUGUUACUAUAGGGACGGUCAUCAUCCCCAUCCUGCUGGUCACCCUCGUCUUCACCAGGAACUUUGCAGAGGAGUCGAUAUACUGUUACACACCGCACAACUUCACCAGAGAUCAGGCACUGUAUGCAAGAGGCUACUGCUGGACAGAGCUGCGUGAUGCCAUUCCUGGCGUAGAGUCUCACCUCUGGCCCUCGCUAUUUGAACACAAGUUCCUGCCCUACGCCCUGCUGGCUUUUGCUGGAAUCAUGUACAUUCCUGCUUUGGGCUGGGAGUUCCUCGCCUCUACACGGCUCACUUCAGAGCUCAACUUCCUGCUUCAAGAGAUUGACAACUGCUAUCAUCGAGCUGCUGAGGGCCGAGCCCCAAAGAUCGAGAAACAGAUCCAAUCCAAAGGACCUGGCAUAACUGAGCGAGAGAGGAGGGAGAUCAUAGAGAACGCGGAGAAGGAGAAGAGCCCUGAGCAGAACCUGUUUGAGAAAUACUUAGAGAGACGAGGCCAAAGUAACUUCCUGGCUAAGCUUUACCUGGCACGCCACCUGGCUAUUAUCUGCCUCAGUUCCAUCCCUAUUUCCUACCUGAGCGCCUACUAUGCCCGCCAAAGGCAGAAUGAGUUCACCUGUGCGCUGGGUGAGCCUCCAGACAUUAGCAGCUAUCAAGAGCUAAAGCUCAGGGUCAACUGUAAGCUGCCUGCUGUGCAGCUGCAGCGCAUCAUGGCAGCGGUGGACAUAGCUCUGCUCUGCACCAUGAACCUCAUCAUCCUGCUUAACUUGCUGCAUUUGUUUGUGGUGCGCAAGUCCAACUUUGUAUUUGACAAACUGCAUAAAGUUGGUAUUAAAACGCGGCGCCGCUGGCAGAAGUCCCAGUUCUGUGAUAUCAACAUCCUGGCCAUGUUUUGCAAUGAGAACAGGGACCACAUCAAGUCACUCAACCGGCUAGACUUCAUCACUAACGAAAGUGACCUCAUGUAUGACAAUGUGGUCAGGCAGCUGUUGGCUGCGCUUGCACAGUCCAACCAUGAUGCUACACCCACUGUGAGGGACUCUGGGAUACAAACGCUGGAUCCUAAUAUGGAUCCCUCUGAUCUCGGAGUGGGAGAGAUAGCUGGGGAGCCGUUGGUCAUCAAACGGCCCCGCAAGAAGAUUAAAUGGAUCCCAUCCUCAAAUCCUCUCCCUCAGCCAUUCAAGGAACCCCUAACCCUGACACGUCUGGAAAAUAACACCAAGCCUGAAAAACCCAAACCGCUCCGACGAAAGACAGUGGCAGACAGCUUCAUCGCACCACUUCUGGACAGCAAGGGCACACAACAUCCAGCAACAAAAGAUCUUAGUGGGAUGGAGAAAAAGCACACUCGCAACUUCUCUCUGGACGUUCACCCGUACAUGCUGACCAUUCGGAAGCCCAAGGUGGAGGUCGCAACCACAGAACCUCUACCCUCAGAGCACAUAGAUACGGUGUACCUCGAAGGAACACAUACUGUUGUUCAUGUGUCUGGUGCAAUUACAGAGACUAAGGUUCGCUCUCCAGAAUCGACCAACACUACCUUUUCUACAGUCACUCUGCCCACCACUACAUAUGUAAAUGGUGUGAGCCCCAACCCACCAUCCAGCGAGGAUCCACUCAGUCCCAAGUCCUCCCCUCCUCCAAAGGAGCCUCUCACCCUGGCAGAAAACCCUGAGUCUCAGCCACCACCCCUGACCAGAGCCCCCACACACCAGCUGUUGAGUAUACAUCAUACUCUUUUUGAGGAAGAGGAGGAUGAAGAAAACCGUAGAGACAGACUAGCGGGGAGACCGGGGGAACUCAUCGCCGCUGGGGAAUGUUGAAGGAGAGGAAGAGGAACGCUGACUGAGAUUCCCCCCCGACACAACACUCGCUGCACAUGACCAUCUUCCUCCUAUCAACAACCACCUCUUCUCUUUGAAUUAACUCAUAUAUGUCUGUGAUGGGUGGACUGGGCUGACUGAUUAGCAGAUUUGUGAUAGUGACAAAUGACUAUUGUUGUCAAAAAAAACAAAACAAAAAAAAACAAAUCUUGAACUUUUAGAUGGGAAAAAUAUUCACAGAGGAUAAAUAAGACAGAUUUGUGUAUUUGAUCAGAGUAUUGCUGUAGGAAAUGAUGUCACAUUCAUGUCUCAGGAUGACUGUGUACAGCUAAUCACCCUCCAAUGAAACCAGCAGUGAUAUAACUCAACAGGGUGCUACAGUGCAGGGUCGAACAGGACGGACAGCAACUAGAGAUGAAUGAGCUUUCUUGAAAAAAAAAAAAAGACAGACACCUUAGGAAUGCAUAUUUGCAAAGAGGACUGCAUUAUGGCUUCAAACAAAAUGUAUUUUAACACAUAUAUUAACGCUUAGUCCCUUUAUCCCAAUAGCCAAGUAGAAAGGUAGCUCACGCAAUACAGGUGUUGAGAUCUGCACAAUUAAUAUGCAAAAGAUCACAAUAUAUUUGUGGCAAUAACGUAUGCGCUUACAGCAUCAUAUUUCACAUGUAUAGACACUGUAUAUGACUCAGUGUUGUGUGGGGUGUUUAAAAUAUAACACGUUUCAUGGCUUUGUCAUUGCCACUUCACCAUCGAUUAGGAACCUGUAUUAAGAUCUUGACUCCACUAUAUUUGCACGUCAUUAAUAGUAGGGAAAUUGGCAUAUUUUAUAAAGGAACAGCAGACUCUAUAAUGAAAGUGUGGCUUUGUGAGACAACGUGAAGUUUCAGUACUGCUCAGAGAACCUGUCAGAUGUGUUUUAUAGGUACCAGUUAUCUUCUGAAUUCUAGUAAAAAGGCAGUUAUGUGGGUGUUUUCUUCUUAAGGACUUUAAAGACUUCAUCGUGAUGAAUGGAGCUGGACUCACUGGUGAAGUAUUUGACUUCUGUGUUCUGCUGGCUUCUUGUGGGAGUGCUGUUAUGUGAAAUGAAAGAUGUGAUGAGUAGAUGUUGAAUCAUUCCUCACGGGAAGGUUUAUAACGUGAUGUCGAAGCUUUUGAUGGUCAUCUGAUGGUCCGACACGAUCUAAAUUAGUUUUUCAGUAGUUGUGCCCUGUCUCACAUUGUGCUAACACUUGCUCGACCGGCAAAAGACUCACGAAGGAAUGAAUAGUUAGAAUAGUUUGUCUGUUAUUUGUUGUAAAACCAAGCAUAUAGGGUAUGUUAGCACUUUUCACAGGGAACAAGUGAGUGGACAAGGGGAUGGGUGCCUACCACAACCUCUCCUUAUGCAUUUCUUGCAGCUGCACACUUCAAUAAAACAAACUGUCUGCACUGA